GUGAAGAAAAAAUACUGACUGCAUACGCACGAUCACAGCAAUUACCGACUGACAUACUAGAAAAUAAAGACAAACAAACAGAAAAGACCGGCCAAGAAGAGACUGGAAUCAACACAAUCAAAACAACAAAAAAGAAACGAAAGCUCAAAUUGUGUUUGGCAUAUUUUAGUAGUUUUUACAGCCAACUGGAUGUCAUACUUGACAAACCGAAUAGAAAAUUGCACCAAAAGACUUAUCUUCUCUACACAGUAGGAAUCUACACCUCGUAGGACAUAUCUACAUGUACGAUGGAAAAUGCAGUCACUCAUCUACCAGGAAUGGCUAAUAGAACAGAAGAGACAGACGUGAAUGUCGCAACAAUUAGCAAUUCAUCUGGCGAAUACGAGUGGCGAGUUUACGUGCUAAUCGUCCAGCUUUUGACUUUCUCCGUUCUUGGAAGCAUCGGAAAUGCUAUUGUCGUUUAUAUUUAUUCCAAUAAGAAAGAGAAAGUAACAUCUAACAUCUUCAUAAUAAGUUUAGCAAUUGUCGACUUAUUUACCUGCAUGGUUGUGAUUCCGUUUACAGUGAUAGUGGAAUCUCUUGAAUACAAGGUCGUCUAUGAUGGCUUUUGCAAAAUGUAUUUCUUCUUAAUAACAUCGAAUGUGCCAUUUUCAAUGUUUAUUAUGGUAGCUAUCGCAUUCGAUCGUUACUUUUGUAUUUGCCAUCCUUUUCUUGGAGUGAUGACCGUAAAAAGGGCGAAAAUACUUAUUUCCACACUUGGUCUCUCAGCAAUCGGCCUUGGCGUCUUCACCAGUCUUAUGCAUGGUAUGUAUAAGAAGUAUGAAAUACCAGGUGAUUAUAAUACAACCGUUGGCAGCUUAGAUAUACGAACUGAAGCCUACAACGAUACUUUGCUAUUUGGAUUCGAAAAUAGACUUAAAUCAUCUCCUGUGCCAAGUUAUACUUACAAUUACUCUGCUGAAUGUGGUCCUAAUAUUAUCAUCAUAAAUGAAUCAACACGCAAAGCUUAUCAAAAGUUUUAUUCAUUUCUAUUUUUGGUUUCCUUUCUAAUCAUUGCUGUACUUUAUGCUCUAAUUGUAAGAUUUGUUGUACUGAAAAGAUCUUGGCGCAACAAGACCAAAUACACAGCUCCCACGUCUACUACUGUGACACAAGAUACUGUACUAGAUGAAACGUGCGAAAAUAAUGCUACGGAAGCAACAAAAGCAGGAAAGAAAGAUACAGUGAAAAAUGGAAAAGAUGGUGCAUCAAAGAGGACUCAGCGAAAACAUGAUAAAGUUAAAGAACGGACUCAGUCUUCAAACCUGAAAAUUGCCGGCGUACUUUUUGUUGUGACGUUGGUAUUUGUCAUAGCAUUUCUUCCAGGCUGGUUAAUGGCGCAUGCAGUUCUCCCACAGAACAAAAUUGUAUUUUAUAUGUAUUUUAUGUAUAAUGUUGCCAACCCUGCUAUAUAUGCUUUCAUGAAUCCAAUUUUCAGAAAAGACAUGAAAAAAAUAUUGCAUUGUACAUAGAAGGGUAUUACAAUGACUGAUAUUUAAAUACAUGUACUGAUGUCUUAAUUUCAUGUACCUCUUCGAAUAUAAGGUACCUCUUUGUAUAUAUUGGUACCUCCCUUAAUAUAUAGAAAAUGUAUCCAUACCUAUCACAUAUUUUCUAUGAAACUUUAUCAAUAAUUAUCUGAACUCAUCCUUUCUUACGCAUAUUGAAUGUCUAUAUGCCAUACAGGUCUACUAACACAUUCUCCACUAGCUGUGAAGUUAACAUAUACAAAAUAUAACUGACGCUUUGCCAAACAGUGUAGGAAUCUGAUACGUAAAACACACAGAUCUUAAUCUAUUUCCACUUGUCGGUCACAUUCACACAAAGUUAUAUGAUUAUAAUUACCUGAAUGCAUAUAUAUCAUACAUAAAUAUUGCAAACAUUUGCACGUGUUCGUACUUCAAAGUAUCUUGUUAACACAAUGUACUUAACAAACAAUAUGUUUGGUACAGAAAAACUCAAAACAGAAUCAUAAAUAUUAUUACACCGUAUUUUACUAACAUUUGCACAUUCAAACAUUAACGAUACUACUAAAUAUACAAAGUACACGUCUAAAAAUAUAACAAUCCCUUUGUGAUUUCAUAGAAAAUGUGAUCUUAAUAGAACGUUCGAGCAAUCUGCCAAUUUAUUAUCAACGUGAGUGGAAAUGGUGUACCAGUUUAGAAUAUGAGAACAGUUUAUAACCGCUUUUCCACUUAUUGUCGCUUUUGUAUUAGGAUACCAGUCGUGGCUCAAACAGUGAAGAGCCAAUCUAGUUUGUUCUUAAAAUUUUUAUGUUUGUAGUCCUAGAACGGUGAAUCAUUGUUCGCAGUUGAAAUACCAUCGAAAGCAGAACUUGGCUUCCAUCACUACCAGGUCGACAGAAUAAAUGAAUAAAUGAUAGUAAUCACUCGUUUCUUUUCA